CCCGACUCCCGAGCGUGUUCCGAUGAUACUUUCUCAGCACAUGUGGUAAUUCCAAAAUGGCUGCCAGUGUAUCGAGUUUUUUAAACAGAAUUGCCUCGUUAGGUCUCGGUGUAGCAGUUGUAGGGGGAGUUGUUAAUACCGCACUGUAUAAUGGUGAGUACUUUACAGCCUUGGGUUUGUUUGAAAUAUGAAAUUUUGAUUUUUGAAACUGUACAAAAAUUCAACACACGCAUAUUUCUGGUAGUAUAAAACAUUAGUAUUUGUAUAUUAAAAGUGGAAUAUCGUGCCUCUCUAUUGUGUGAGAUUUAGAUUAAACUUCAGUAUUAGCUAACGUCUUCUGUAAAACAAUUCGUAAAAUACAUUGUAAAUGAAUUUCUGAUCAAAUACAAGGACAUAGAUUUUGAACAGUCAAAUUUGUGUAUUGAAUAUGAUGCAAUCUUUGUGUCAUUAAAUUAAUCUGAGCUUUGUAGUUAACCACUUUAUUACUUUACUCUGUCCAAUGCUAGAUGGCUUUGCUUGUCAAGGGGGAGAGCCAGACUGCAGAGUUGGUCAAAGUAGCGCUCAAGAUUUUUUUAGGGAAACGUUUAUUAUUUUCAUCCAGACAAGAAGGAUGAAAUUUAUCAUUAUAGCUCAAAAGAACAUCCUUAAAUUAGUAAAACUGCCAAAUUUGGUUGUAAAAUGUUGUAAAAUAUGGAAAAUAUAGCCCUUUGAAAUUAGCAAAUUUUGAGUAUGUUGGUAUUACGCGCGGAAAAAUGCACCACUUUUGAGCAAAAAGUUGUGCAUUUUUCCGUUCAUAAUACUAAAAUACUAAAAAUUUGCUAAUUUCACAUGGCUAUAUUUUCCGUAUUUUACAGCAUUGGGUCCAGUGCCGUAGCUAGCAUGUAUAGCUGGGGGGGUGUAGGCCAAAAAUUUCCGAAUGACGAAGAAAAUUUCCGAAUAUUUCAUGGCGUACGAAGCUGGCAUAUGAAGAUAGAGGAAAAUUUUUUUUUCAAUCGAAAAUUUUGGGCUACCUCCCCCCCGCCGCCAAAAAAAUUUGGACAUACCAAAUGUCAAAUAUUAGCUAUAAGUUGCCUGAAUCUCAUUAUUUUCGUACAAAAAGCAUAUACUAUUAUUGCCGUAAUUUUCCGAAUGGCCAACACGAUUUUCCGAAUAUGUUAAUUCUACAAAAGUUGGGGGGGUUAACCACUCCCCCCCCAAUACCCCCCUCGCUACGGCCCUGAUUGGGUCAUUCCAGAAAACAUCCAUACCACGGUAGGAAGUUAAUCCCCCUACCCCCUUCGGAUAUCCUAAUACAUUUACUAUUAUCAGAAACAAUUUUUUCUCCCCGUCCCCAAACAAAAUUUAGUCUGUAGGAGUAUAGCUGGAAUCCUCCAUUUUCAAACUCAAAAUCUGCCCCAGAUCUCUACAUUGUGUUUCAUACCUAUUUGGUGACUUUUGUGCCCUGACUGUCUUGAUGUGCCCUUGGAAACUGUUCCAUGCCCAUGCCCCUAGAUGCUUAGGUUUUGCGCUUCCGAGAUCUCAUUGAAAACUACUCAACUCUGCAGUCUGUGCAGACCUGCCAACUCUCUCGACAUAGCUGGGAGUCUAUGUGAUCUCCCGGUAGUGAAAAAUUUCUCCCGGUAUUGGCAACUGGCAAUUAUCCCGAUUUCUGAUGAAAUAUCAAUGCACAGCAAAUAAUUGAAGUGUUUGUUUGUUUGUUUGUUAAAACACAUUUUCAUGUUGUGUUUUCAGUCCAAGAUAGUGCCCAAUUUAACAUUAAGGGGUUUGUUGUGCUGCGAGUGUAGCUAGGAGUUUGAAAGAGAUGCUAAUCUGAUUGCUCUAAUGAAAAAGGCUUUGAUUGGUUUUCUCCCUCUAAACAGCCAAUUCUCCCUAUAUACCAGUUGCUAAGGUUGGCAGGUCUGGUCUGUUGGGAGAGUCAUGGACAUUUUAUAGUGUGCUCAGGAGUGGAUUUAUAGGGGGGUGCGCAUCCCUGUUGGCCUUGGUCAACAAGGUUGCAAUGGGGCUGCAAAAAAUCAAAUUCAGAAAUGUGGCAUAAUUUCCAAGGUUUUUCCUUUUUUGAAGUCAAACUAAAGCUCAUAUUGCAGGAAGUGGCAUUUCUAGGGUUCUAAUUUUCUGAAUCUUUUGGGGGGCAUACCCCUGGACCCAUUAGGGAGCUUGCGCCUUUGGCGCUCGAGUCGUUAGGAAGCCAAUUCAUUUGAAUGCUUUCCCACCACCCUCUAAAGGAUUAUAAAGAAGCACUCGGUUGCUCACCCAGCACACCCCCCCCCCCCUAGAAAAACCUUGCUGGAUCCACCCCUGAGUGUACUCAGUGUUUAAUUUAAAAUAGCAGCCACCGGCAUUUUCACAACACUAGCCAGCAACUUUUAAAUUAGCAACAACAACUUUUUGUGAAUUCAUUGAUCUAUAUAAUGAAUUUAUAGGUUUUAAAUGAAAAAGAUGCCACAGUCCUGACAUAAAAAGAUUGCGUUAAGCAUUCUGGUAGCUAUGAAUAGAAUUCCAAAAUUUUGCUCCGUCGUACAUGAAACUAUUUUUCAUGUUAUUAGAACGAGGUUUUGGUAAACAAAGACCAGUUGAAAUGUCCCGAAGGCGAUAGUUUGUUUUCUCACAUUUACUGUAUAUGAAAAUAGAUUUGUGAGUGAUUUGGGACCCAUUUUAUUUAAUACUAGUACAUCAUUUUUAGUUUAGCUUUCUUCCUUAAUGUUUUGAGUGGUGAUUCGUAUUCAAGAUCGUAUUCAAGAUAAUUCUAGCAGCUCUAUUUUGCAGUAUUUCUCCUUAUAUUUUUCAGAUGUUAGGGAUGCAACUAUCUGAAAAAUAUAAGGAGAAUUCAACAUUUUUCAGGUAGUUGCUUCUCUACCAACGAAAGCUUGUUUAUAUUGAAUAAAAAUGAUUACUAAAUACAAUUUAAGCUAAAGUUAGCAAUAUAGCAGCAAUAUAUGAUUCUGUACAAUGCAUGCCAAUGAUGCCUCAACAUACGCAUUUUGUACAAUCUGUUUUAUUCUGUGUGGGAUUCUUUACAGCCAGGGACGCCGGAACGAUAAAAAGGCAAAGGGGGGGCAGACGCACACCAAAGGGCACCUCUAUAGAUCAAAAUUUCGAAAUUUACCUGAAAAAUUUUUUUUACAUGGAAAUUUUUUUUGGGCGAUCUCCCCCCCACCCCCCGUCGCCAAAAUUUUUCGUGACGUAAAAAAAUUUUUCCGGAUAUCAGCAAUUUUCUCCAUUUAUCAAAAAUUUUUUUCUAAAAUCCAAAAAUUUUCUAAAAUUUUUGUAAAUUAACCUAAUUCUUUUCCAAAUUCACACUUAUUUUUGUAAAUUAACUUUCUCUGGGCCUAUAAAUUACAGCUCUAUUGAUAACUAUUAUUAAACAAUUAGAAUUAAUAGUUAUAACUGUACACUAAACAACAAAGCCAAUCGACAUGAUUAAUUGAAAUCGACAUGAUUAAUUGAUUAUCUUAGAAAAAAAGUAUCUAGUGUCUGUUAAAUGGCACAACUCCGGAUAUAGCAUGUUUAUUCGUUUCAUCAAGUGACCCAUGUUCCAACAGACUUGCAUAACUUAGAGCCUUUGGAGUAAUGGGCACCGAAACCCCUUUCAGGGAUGGAUUUACUGGGGGGGGGGGUGCGGGGGGAUGCGCACCCCCCCCCUAGCCAUGGCCAGGGGGGGUGCUAUUUUUCAUGAUAAAGCAAAAAAUUAUUAGAGACAAAAUGAGAUUCAGUAAUUUGAGCAAUAACAUGAUGAUAUUAAAGCGAACUGUGAACAACAAUUACAAUUCAAAUACUGUAGUCAAGCAAGACUUUGCAGAAGUGGAACAGGUUGCUAGACGGGUAAAGUCACUAACCAAUUGCAACGUACUCGUCCGGAAAAAUUUUUUGCCUAUAAAGUUGUCGACGGGGGGGGGGGAGGUCAUUGCUCUCCGGAAAAAAAUUUUUCCGGAAAAAAUUUUUAAAUAGGGCUCCCUAAAAAAAUUUGCACCCCCCCUACCAGAUCAUGCUGGAUCCAUCCCUGACCCCUUUGGCAUCCUGGGGCUGGUUGUAUAAAACUCUUAAUCACUUUUUUAAUCACUAUCUUGUAGUUAAAUAGUGAUUAACUCGCAAAUACGUGCUUCUUAUUGGAUGACGUUUCCACUAACUAUUGUUAACUUUAAUCACUUUUUUAUACAACCGACCCCUGCAUGGUGUUUAACCCCCCCCCCCAAUAUUUUGUGAAGUGUCUGCCACUGAAUACAAGCAACAAAGAUAUAAAACCUAUGUAUUUUUCUGUUUAUUAUAUAAACAAAAUUCAGUGAAAAACAAUGAAACGUCCGUGGCAAUGCGUUUUACAACAAAUGAUAUUUUCACACGUAAAAAUAUCGUAUUUUUUACGUGUGUUUAAAUACGAUUUUCUCAGUGGCCAAAAACUCCAUAUAACACUUAUGUUUAUAUAAUAAAGCUACAUAUAUAACAGAACCGGCCAUUAAAUAAUUGUUCUUUCAGCAAGUUUUGCCCAUUGCAGUUUAAGUGCAAUGAUGAACAGUAUAUUUUACUAUAAUAUACACUACAUUAUGCAUAUUUUAAUUUUUCCAGUCUCAAUAAUACAAUAUUACUGUAUGAUGCAACUGCACCCAACACAGAAUGCAUAAUUUGGAUGCACACUCUGCAGUAGAAACCAGGGCCGCCGAGAGCUUGGCGGGGGCCCGGGGCAAUUUUUUUUAGAGGCCCCUAUUUCAAAUUUUUUUCCGGAAAAAAAUUUUUCGGACAACAACCCCCCCCCCCCGUUUUUCCGGACGAGUACGAUGUGAUUGCUUUUCAGCGAUUUUUCAUACCAAAUUUCGUUACUUUGCCCAAAAAACCAAAUAUCUUGCCCUUUGCGCGGAAAUAUUUCUUCCAAAAAAAUGACUGGGGCCCAACAAAAAAUUUCUGGGGGUGCGGAGCAAUUUGCCCCCUCCCUCUCGGCGGUCCUGGUCUACGGUACUAUUGAUUUCCUCUUAUAUCAGUACACUUAUGUCAGUUUAUGCCCAUUCUAUAAACAGUAUUUGAAACUGACAACACCAGUGGCAAUCUAUAUUUUAUAAUCCCCUAGUCAUGAAUAUCUGUUGUUUUUCAAUAGUUGAAGGUGGUCAUAGGGCGGUGAUAUUUGACCGUUUUCAAGGAGUCAAGGAUGAAGUUACUGAUGAAGGAACACAUUUUCUUAUUCCUUGGGUACAAAGACCAAUUAUAUUUGAUAUCCGUAGUCGACCAAGAAAUGUCCCUGUUACAACUGGUAGCAAAGGUAUUUAUUAAUGUCUCACCUAACUGUCUCAGCCGGAAAAUUCGGCCAGAACCAUAACUGAAUUUGUUUAACCGUUUAUGGUUAUACAAGUUACUUUAUCGGCUGUCAACCUUAAGAAGUUGGAAUAUAUUGGCAUUGAUGUACAUAUACUGCAUAUCUGGAGCAAGAAUUCAAGUCCAAAAAGUGAAGCCAAUAUUAGUAUAGUUUAAUGUACAAUUUUAUGUAAUACAUGGCCAAUAGGACAGAAGGCCCAGUGUAUGUAAGAUUAGCUCUGCCAAACUGGUUUCUAUUGAGUAUUGUUACUAUUGUACCUUCUUUAAAUAAAGUUUGUUAUUAUUAAAAGUGAAGCCCAGGGCCGGUUGUACAUGAAGCCCGUUCAGCUUAAACGGUGGUUAAGCUCAAAAUAGAAAGCAAGUCUAUAGAUUCUUAUGAAGUUUUUUAGCGGACAAAAUAUCUCAAAUGUAUCAAUCGAGUUUAUGCGCUAUAAAUUGAUGUUAUGUACUGUACAUUGAUGUUAUGUGCAAAUACAUCAAUGUCAUAAACCGAUACAACUAAAAGAUAAACCAAUACAACUAAAAGAUAAACCAAUACAACUAAAAGAUAAACCAAUACAACUAAAAGAUAAACCGAUACAACUAAAAGAUAAACCAAUACAACUAAAAGAUAAACCGAUACAACUAAAAGAUAAACCAAUACAACUAAAAGAUGAGGAAACGGAAGUAAAUAGAAAUAAAAGAUGAGGAAACGGAAGUAAAUACAACCAAAAGAUGAGGAAGCGGAAGUGCCGACAUACAACAAUGGCGUCUCCUUGGACCACGCAUUUGGCUUCCUAAUACAGAAAACUUUUUUCGUGAAUUGGUUGAUUUAAUAAGAAAUGCUGAACAAAGUCGCAAUCAUUGUGACUCGCCAGACUUUUGUUGUCGUAGAUUAGAAGAGUAUGAACGCACAUUGAGUGUUUUAACAAUAAGAAUCACCGAAUCAUACACACAUUAUCUAUACACAGUCACACAGACCCAUUAUUUGGUACAGACGAUGUGAACUGCUGCACUGGACCACCUUGUGAUACUGCGUUUUCUUCACGUGUUUGCGAAGAAUACUGUAAAUUGGUCACCGCGCUAAAGAUUGACUGAACAUUUGGUACUCUGCCCUGUUUCUCUUCUGCCAUGUUUUAUGUUUUUCAAUAUGCAUUAUUGUAUUCACUAGCUUGGCGCCACUUGGCACGCGCGAUUUUGCCGAGCUAGUCGCUCUACUUCCGUUUUUCCAAUUUACUUCCGCUUCCUCAUCUUUUAUUUGUAUUUACUUCCGUUUCCUCAUCCUUUAUUUGUAUUUACUUCCGUUUCCUCAUCCUUUAUUUGUAUUUACUUCCGUUUCCUCAUCUUUUAGUUGUAUUGGUUUAUCUUUUAGUUGUAUCGGUUUAUGACAUUGAUGUAUUUGCGCAUAACAUCAACGUAUAGCACAUAACAUCAAUUUAUAGCGCAUGAACUCGAUUGAUAGAUUUCAGAUAUUUUGUUCGCUAAAAAACUUCAUAGAUUCAUUUAGCAACCAAACUAAAAGUUUUGAACCUUAAAGGGAAAUGGCAAUAUUUUUUUUUAUUUUCCCAUUUGAAAGAACAAUUAAAACUAUUAAAUAACUUUUUUUACCGAUUCUUCAUAUCCCCCUUAGUUUUUGAAAUAUUUUCACUUGAAGUAAUGAGAUGUCAGCCAUCUUGGAUAAUUUUUUUAGCUCAUUAACGGUAGUUUUGGUGACGUCACAACAGGGAUUAACCAUAUAAAAGUAUUCGUUGCUGCCAAAUAUUGAUUGGUAGAUGUUUUAAAGGUUUCAAGUGAUCUUGAUAUUUCCAAGGGCAUACAGAGUAUAAUUUUCAGUGCAAAAUGAGUAGUGGUUGUCUAGAAAAAAAUAUUGCGUGACCCCUGUUGUGACAACAUGCAUAUCCACAAAAAUCCAAGAUGGCGGACAUUUCAUUUCUUUCGAUUAAAAUAUUUGUAGAAGUAAGCAAGAUAUGAAAAAACGGUAAAAAAGUUUUCUAUAUGGUUUUAAAUGUUCUUUCAAACGAGAAAAUAAAAAAAUAUAUUGCCAUUUCCCUUUAAUACAACGAUAAUGUUUACAACUACAUAUUCAGUGCACAAUAUUUAAGUUGACUGAUUCACGAGAAAUACGAGAGUCAUCCACCGUUGAGCUAAACGUGCUUGAUACAACCGGCCCCAGAUUGGUAGAAACUGAAUAGCCUACGAACAGGCUCUGCGAACAGGCUCUCUUUGAAUUCUCUUUGAAAUUCAAUUCAAAGAGCAGGCUCUAAUUCAAUUCAAAGAGCCUGUUCGCAGGCUAGAAAUUGAAGAGCUAUUGGACGUCAGUUCCAAUCUCUUUCUAUUGUUUUUGUUUGCAUGGUUAUUAACACAAGGCAGGCAAAGAGUGUGCUGGAAUUUUGUAUUUUGACAUCGAUUUAAAGAAUAACAUGGUUUUAUGAAUACGGUCUGGAAAAAUGGUAUUAAAACUGUUUACAACCUUUGUAGCUAUUGGACGUCAAUUUCUGCCUCCUAGGCAGUUAGGCUUCACUUUUCUCGUUCAUGUACAGGUGUAUGCACCACAGAAUAUCACAGUACCACAGAAUACCAGUUUUUUUAUUUAUUUUAUAAAUAAUACGUUAUUUUUGUGAAUAUAUAUUAGUUUUAGUCUCAGUGGUAUUCGGUUUGCUAUACGCAGACGAAAACCUGAUCUCAACCACGGUCCGAAAGCUUCCAAAGAGCUCCUCAUAUUUCCUCCAAUUAAUUUCCCUCUUUUCACAAAAAUGUGGUUUGUUUAACGUUUGUUUGUCUUAAUUAAUCAUAUCUAGUCACGUUAAAGAUAGUUUUAAACUACCGUAUGUAUUACGUCUUUGUUUGACAAACGAACCCAGUACAAUCAUACUGUAACUAAAACCUUUCUUUUAGAUUUACAGAACGUGAACAUCACCCUGAGGAUAUUAUUCCGACCAGAAGCCAAGAGAUUACCAGGAAUAUUUAUGAGUCUUGGCGAAGAUUAUGACGAGAGAGUGUUACCAUCCAUUACGACAGAGGUGUUGAAAGCCAUUGUGGUCAGUAUACUAUAUAUAAUCUUCCGUAUUUACCAAAUUGAAUACCAAAUAUUCAGUACCAGUACUGUAGGAUUACCAAAUGAAUAAUAUCAGAGGAAUUACCAAUACUUUCACAGUAGUAUUUGAGCCUGCGAUAUUUUGCAUUAAAUUGUCUUGUUAUUCAUUUCAUAUCGAGGAAAUUGGUUAGUCAACCCCCCACCUACCCCUACUCCCUUCGGACGUCCUAAUACACUUGCUGUUAUCAAAAAAAUUUUCCUUCCCUUCCGGACGGCAAAAAUCUCCUCCGUAGGGAGAGUGUGGAUCUUUUUAGGAACAACCCAUCAUUUUAGGAAUACAUGCCGAUAUGGAUUUUGUAAUUAGCCGUUUCCCAAUUGAGCAGGGGACUGGGUCUAGUUGAUGUUUGGAGGGACGUUUGGAGAGACAUAUUAAAAGAUGCCUUAUUAUAAUUAUUGCGUUUCAGGCUGCACAAAUAACUUUAGGAAUGUAGGAAAACUUCCUAGCCAUAUUCAGCAUAUUGUUUAUUUUUGUCCUCCAAACAAGUGACUAGACCCAGUCCUCUGCUCGAUUAGGAAAUGGCUAAGGGAGUGUUCAUUAUUUAUACCCGGGGUUGGUACCGAAGAGAAACUAAUCGAAAAGAGAAAAAAACAACCACCCACCCUUUCAGUCAACCAUUUUUUCCCCUACCCAACUAUUGCAUGACUUGGAUUUUUAUUUUACCCAACCCAAUUUCAAAAUUAUACAAGUAUUUUACAUAUAUACAUAUAUAUUAUUAUACAAGCUAGGCCACUAUAGUAUAAACAGUACUAUGCAAAUGCACUAACUGAAUGUCAAAUAUAUUCACUGAAUGUCAAAUAUAUUGGUGCACUAACUGAAUGUCAAAUAUAAUCAUUUGUACCUUCACAAGUUCAUAUUAUGUUCCCACGCCUCCAACUUCCUGCAGUCCUACCAUAUCUCGUUGUUAUAAUCAUAGGGGAUGGGGAGUUGGAGUUUAGUUUUCUAUGUCGGGAAUGAAUGGAUAAAUCCUGGAACGACCCAUUUUGUUAAAUAAAGGAUUUUCAUAUUUUGUUCAAUUCAAGGUUGUAUUGAAAAUAAUUUACCCAACCAUAGGCUUUGUUCAAAAAAUAUUUACCCAACCCUUCAUACCCCAGAAAAUUGGCUUACCCAACCCAUUUCUCUUCGGUACCAACCCCGGGUAUAAAUAAUGAACACUCCCUAUUGGGCAUUUCUUUGUUGUAAACAUUACAUUUGAGACAAAAUAAUAUGGGUAUUUUUCAAUAUACAGUACCUUGAAUGGAAAAAACUGUUUGAUAAUAAUGCUAUUUGUAGCCGCUGUACAUUGUAGUAAAAGAAAACUGACACUGGUCCAGGGCUCGAAAUAACGGCCGAUCAAUGAUCGGUAGGAAAUUGUUUUUGAUCGGUGAAGAAUCAACGUUGCCGUUCACCUUGAUCGGCAAGAAAUAUAUUUGAGCAUUGUCUAAAAGACAUGCUUACCUGUACACGGUAAAAGACAAAUAAAAGUAAACAUAAAACACAUUUAAAAACACGCGAAAAGCUCUUAUUUAGUUGAUACGAGUCAUACGACAGGAAAGGCAGCAGUACUAUUCUCGCUCUAAAGUAAUUAAUUUACUUUUAUUAAAACAAAUUUACACGAAAUAUUGUCGUCUUUUCAACAGUAACAGUCUGCAAUCCGAACCGCUGACGACGAACGUAUCUUUGUAUAAUAAUUUCAAAUUGAUAGGAUUUUUUGAGUAGGAUUUUCUCUUUUAAUAUAAAAUAAUACGUUUUAGUUCUUAAUUGAUAAUGCUGCUGUGUUUCUUGCUUUUGUGUGAAAAAAUGCAAUGGUAUAAUUAAAACUGUGUGUUAAACUAAAGUGUUAUAAUAAAAUAAAGUUUAUUAAGUCCACAAAUGUCAUAGAUUUAAACUUCAAUUUGAAAUAAAGUUAAACUUCAAAUGUGUAUUCAAUGCCCACUGGCAUAUUUAGAAUUUUUUGAAGGAAAUGAGGGUAAAUGCUCCUGAUCGGCCAGAUUUUUAUUUGAUCGGCAAAAAGUCCUCAUCGCCGAUCACCAUGAUCGGGAACGUUAUUUCGAGCCCUGCUGGUACACUCCCAAGUGUUUUCACUUCGUCUUAAAUUGUAGUACGAAUACUUUACAUAUUCAUAUCAGAUCUAGGCCUGGCCCGGUUUCGUAGGACAGUUCGAAAUCAGCAUUUCAAUAAAACGUGCAAUACUAUAUAGUUUUUGUUUUUAUUGAAGUUUCCUGGUUUAAUUGUUUGAGUUUUCCUCAGCUCUCACGUGGAAUUGCCGAAUUUUAUUUAUUAUUCAUACAAUCAUACAAAAAUAUAACAAUAAUUGAAGGUAUGGUCAAUGCUACCUUUGUAGGCUCAGUUUGAUGCCAGUGAACUGAUCACACAGAGAGAAGUGGUAAUUAUUUUCAAAUGUUUUCUUCUUUCAUCAGGCAUUGAGUACAGUAAAAGAACAAAGACAGCAUUUGAAUGGACCUUUAACCUUAUAACUAAAAUUUUGAUCUAGACACAAAUUUCAUCACAGCUUGAAAGAGCAUCACAAAAUUAGUAAUAUCCCGAAGUUUUGUUGCGAAAUGUUGUAAAAUGCGGAUAAUAUAGCCCUGCGAAAUUUGCAAUUUUCAGUAAUUUUGUAUUACAAACGGGAAAUUGAUACCCCAACACCCGAUUGGGGGUAUCAAUUUCCCGUUUGUAAUACAAAAUUACUGAAAAACGGCAAACUUGGUAGGGCUAUAUUAUCCGCAUUUUACAACAUUUCGUAACAAAAACUUUGGAAUAUUACUAAUUUUGUGAUGCUCUUUCAAGCUGGGAUGAAAUUUUUGUCUAGAUCAAAAUUUUAGUUAUAUAAGGUUAAAGUAUUAGUGUCAGGGUCAUGCAUUGAGGCCUUUUGUUAUUGUUUACAUUUUACUCAAAUACAACAAAUAGCAAUAAAAAUACCUUGUUUUGUACAUUUCUGAUAAAAAUCAGACAAAAAGAGCAAUCAUUAUAAAAGGAUGGUUUAAAUAUAAGUUAGAGUUAUAAACCGAGAAGGAGGUUUUAUAUAACUGAUAUAUUGCCCCUGAGGACGCGCAGCGUCCGAGGGCAAUAGGCCUAUAUCAGUUAUAAACCGACUUUCGAGGUUUAUAACUAACUUAUAUCUCAUUUGUGGAGGUUUUCUAACAUAUUUUGUCAUUUUCAAAAAUUUUUGAUGAAAAAUUCUCGCGUUUAUAAACCUCGGACGAUCAAAGAAAACCGACACAAAUGAGAUAUAAGACGGAUUGUAAACACUUUCCAGGCUCGCCAAGAGGAGUUUGAGCCCGCGAAUUCCUGGUGUGACACUAAUCCUUUAAAGGUCCAUUUAAUGAAUUCGCCAAUGAAUAUUUGCAUUUUCAAUGACAGAUGAAGGACACAGAACCAUUAGUCCCAAUUGAAAUCUUACUGUACAUACAGUAGUAGAGAUGAGCCAUAGAGAUAUUCAGGGUAGUCAUUAUACACUAAUUCCUGGAAUCUGCUUGAGUGCGCACGAAAUAAUUUCUAUAUAAGUAUAAUAUUUUCCAAUUUUGUCAAAGUUUACAUAAUGUUGAAUCAGAAUAUUGAACAUCCAAAUUUGGGAUGAAUUAGUCUCAAGGAGGGAUACCAGAUUAGUAUAGUUGCAUGUAUUCACUUGGGGACAAAAAAUUGUAGAUCUAUAGAUAAUUCCUAGGUUAAUCCCUUCGUUAUGAUUGCUCAUUAUGUCAACUGCAUGUGUUAUUAUUAACUAUUUGUUGCUUUGAUUUUAGGUUUCGUACAAAGUUCGAGAAGCUCUGGUUGAACGUGGAAGAUCAUUUGGUCUAAUACUUGAUGAUAUAUCAAUU